GCUGCACCCACCUUCCACCGUAUUCGAAAGAGAAAAAAACAUACCCGUCGGUUUUGUAGAGCAUGGCUGACACGUACUGGGAAAAAAAACCUAACGUGUCGGUGAAAUGAAGAUGAGAAGCCUGCAGUUGGGAAAGACCAAUCGGAAUAACGACACAUGGGGUGAAGCCAGAGAGUCAAGAGGGAAGGAGAAGUGGAUACUGGGGCUUACUGCUCAGUAGCUGCAGUAUAGCUAUAAAUUUGGGAGGAAGGGGGUGGUUGGAAGAAGGAAAAACAAGGAAACAAAGGGAGAGAGAGAGAUGUCAGGAGCUCAGGGAGCACAGCCAAAGGAGUCAUUCACUGCAACGAUUUACGAGUCCGUGCAAGGAGGAGAUAACAAGACGAGGACUGACAUCCGCUCCAAAGAAGACGUGGGGGGGAUUCAGGUCGACAGUCUUCAAGACAAGGUCAAAGAUGCCGCCGGCAAAGGUGGUCCCAUCUUCGGCGCCGGAAAUGAAGAUAACAAACAAGACCUGGGUGUCACCGGCACCGGACCUUCUUAAAAGUAGGAUAAUAGAGGGACUUGGAAGAGCUGCUGCAGCCGCCUGAAGUGAUAAGUCAUCGAUGAUGAUGUAGUCUCUAUGGACUUUUCCUUUUGUUUUAUUUUGUGUAUUAUUAGUAUUAUUAAUUUUAUUAUAAUAUCAUGACACAUGAAUGGGGGAGGUGUAGU